GAGUCCGCGACAGACUGCGCUCUGCGUCCUCAGCACCAGCCACUGCCUUCCUGCUCUUUCCGUUCGCUAUGCCCUCAUCCACCAACUGCCCGAUUCAUGGGGGCAGGGAAGGGCUGCCCGACUGCUACGGCAGCACGCCGGGGGUGGGGGGCGGGCCGGGGGCACGCUAUACGCCGCAAUCCCCGGAGGUCAGAGGGCCGGGCCAGGGUCGACAGGCAGCAGGCAGGCCUGAAUGUGCUUGUCGCGGGACGUGGGCAGGGAGGCACCAGGAUCAUCUACGACCUAAAGUUCCUGCUGGAGUGCAAGAACUCGCCCACUGCCCGGAGGCCUCCCUGCUGCCUCCCCCAGAUUCCCGGGGUCACAGCGCCUCCAACAGCCCCACCCCCCAAGCUAGAGGAGUUGACGGAGCAGAAGGAGACAGAGGAAGAGAUACCCGAUGAUGAACAGUUUGGAAUGGACAUCUAAUCCAGUGCAGAUGACCACAUGUGGAAUGAGAGGACUCCCGUCACGCUGCUGCCGCUACCUCCUUUCUCUGGGGUAUCCAAAGGCCUACUGGCCUCAUCUAAUCCAGAAGGGGGUGAUAUGUUGGUUCUGGGCCUCCAUGUUGGGUCUGAGGCAGCUAGACCAGGGAUAGGAGUGGGCAACUUGCCAAGCCCUUAGCUCUACUUUCUCUUUGGUCUGUAGGCACUCCUCCCAACCCCUGGCACUUGGUUACAGCUGAGGCUGGGCCAGGGGAAUGGAGAAUGUCACUUUCUGACUGCUUAGUAAACAUUCAAAGAAA